UGGAUGCUCUAAUGGGAGAAGACUGGAGCGAUGGAGCGGGCUCGCGGGGCGGGCAGCAGCAGCUCCACGAGCCCCACUUCGAAGCUCAUGUGGCGCUCGUGGACGGCGGCAGUGACCCACGCGCUUGGCUCGCUCCGGUGCCGCCUUCUGACACCUGCGCGGCACGCGACACCUCACCGGACUACCUGCGUCACUCACCGUGCUCCAGCACGAGGUCCUACCACGAGAGUGGCUCUCCGGGCUCCUCGUGCCACUCCAGUCCUCCCAGCUGCAGAAAGCCUCCCAGGAGCACCUCCUCCUCCUCCUACUCCUCGUCCUCUGUCAAAGUCAGGGACCUGUGCCGUCUAAAAACCAGCAGGAGCGUGGAGGAGGCGGCUACGCGGCAGAGAGCCUCGUCCACUAAACCCGUCACAGGCAUCCAGAGGCAGAGGCGCGUGGCCGCCAACGCGCGCGAGAGGAGGCGGAUGCACGGGCUGAACCACGCGUUCGACGAGCUGCGCAGCGUCAUUCCAGCGUUCGACAACGACAAGAAGCUCUCCAAGUACGAAACCUUACAGAUGGCGCAGAUUUACAUCAACGCCCUGGCGGAGCUGCUCCAGGGCCCGGUCUCCUCCUGCUCCUCCUCUGAUGUCAGCACCGACACCUCUGCCAGCUCCUCAAACUGUGACGUUCUGCUCUCCUCCUCUUCCUCCUCCUCGGUGCCGGUUUCAGAUGUGAGCAACAGCGGGGGGUCUUUCCGCUCCUCCUUGAACGCCAUAGUGGAAGAAGGGAUGUGUUCGCCUUCCUCCUCAUCCUCAUCCUCCUCCUCCGCGUGCGCGACCGGCUCGAUCGCAGCUGGGAUAAAAGGGUCCCCACGGAGCGACGGGGAGUUUUCCCCACGCUCCCACUUCAGUGACUCAGAUGAAAUGGCGCUGGAGCUCAGCGAGGAAGAUGAGCUGACGGACCUGAAGCUGCCCAGCCAUCAUCAUCACCACCAUCAUCAUCAUCACCAUCAUCACCAAGAAGCGCAAACCAACAGACUCUUUUAGUUCACAGCGAGUGUCAACAGCAUCAUCUGUUCCUAAAACUUAUUUUUAACAAAGCUUUGCUUCUUCAGAAGAAUAAUAAGUUUCGGUUUUAACACCAGUUGCAUAUUCUAAAGGUGAUUUUAUAUGACAUAUAGGCCUAAUUCGGUUCUGCCAAUGUAGCCGAUCAUUUUAGUGACAGGAAAAACCCCUCUGCCAUGUUGCGCGCAGCACAGCCACGGGUACCUCCCACGUCACGCCGACCAAAAAGCUGUCUUCCACCAAUACCCUAACUGCGUAUAUUUGGUAAUGUUCAAACCAUUUUAUAGUUAUAAAUCUUUUUUGAUUAUUUGCGAUGUAUGUUUUAUUUGCUUUUUAAUUAUUGUUUCGUUUUUGCAACUUCUAAGUUAAGGAUGUGCACUUUAAGUUUGACAAGCCAGAGGCUUGAGCUCAUUUGUUUUCAAACCAUACAUACAAUACCUUUUUUUGUUUUUUUUGUUUUUAGCGUAGUACUGCCAAGUUCGAACAAAUAGCCUAUUUAAUGUAGCCAUUAUUGCAAAGCCUCCUUUUGUAUUUUGUAUUUUCACAUGGACUUGUGUGUCUUUGCUUUCACUGGAUGAGAUUAAUUGACAUGUAUUUAUUGCUGAUACAUUUCAUUUGAUUGUUUUUUAUAAUUCAGUAGAUAAAGCUAUAAUUUUUGCCAUUUGCUGUUACGUUCAUUUGUUUUUGAGAAUAAAAAAUCCAAAGCGUU